UCGACUCGGACCUAUCAUCACCAGAACAAUUGUCACCACACGACAUUGUCAUGGAUUCCUCCAACUCCGCUCCCGUACAAGCCGCCAAUUCGUCAAAGUCGGAGCCUGUGAUUGGCGCUGUGGCUCCAGCGCUGGGCGCGUCGGGCAGUAACGUAGCCGAGGCCUCCAUUGUCGGGACUAUGAUAUCGGCUAACGACGACGACACAGCUCCUGACAAGGAGCCGGUCGCAGUCACUGUGGCACAGAUUGCUGCGGUGAAUGUCCGGACAGUCAUGGAUGCCGCACUGGAAGAGGAGAUUGAUAGCGAGACGACUGCGACAUGCAGUGACCCAAGCUCCGACGAGACAUCAGACGGAGAAGGCAUUGACAUAGACGACCUGUUGCGCAGCGUUGGGCUAGAAGAGCGAGGGCCGCAAGAUAAAGUCGCUGCUGGCCCGCCCGGAAAAUACCCACCUCGAACGGGACCAGUGCCAGUAAAUGGCGACAAGAGGAAGGACAAGGGGAACAAGAAGAAGGACAAGGAGGACAAGAAGAAGGAUGAGGGAAACGAUAAAAAAUCAGCCCCCUCGACCGGCUCAGCUCCCGUCUCCAGCUCCCAGAAGUAGCAGCUGACUUCGCCCGCUACCAUGCAUGCCUUCUAUAGGUCCUAUAGUUAUGAGAUAGUACUUGAUUUCGAGACAUCCUCGACAUCUGGAAGGGCUCAUUGUAUAUGCUGUAUAACGCUAUGCAGUACUAUGUGGCGAAGCAUCUUGAGAGUAGUCCAACAUAUCUUUCGUAUUGGGCUGUUCUACCCAUCAGCG